AUGGCGCACCGGCCGGCAGCCGUGUCCAGGGCGCGCGACCCGUCCGGGGCUCAGGCUGGCUGGCUGGGUCAGGCAGGCAGGCAAGCAGGGCUCGCCCCAGGUCGAUUCACGGCCUGGCCCAGCCACGACGACGGCCGGCCUGGCGGACGCGUCUGGUGCGCCCGUCCAGCUCUCGGUAUAAAGGGACGGCGGCGAGUCCUGCGCUGGCCUCUCGUCUCAUCCUCCAUCGCCACUUCUCUCGCCCGUCCGUCGUUACCGCCUGCAGCCGACCCAGCAGCCGCAGCAGAAGUUUCCACGCCGCAGCCCACAGCCGCCGCCGCCGCCGCCAAAAACACUGCCACCACUGCCACCACCUCGCGCCCACAACCCACGCCCCAUUGA